UCUACACAUUGGGUAUCGACAACCAUUAGAAUAUAUUUUCAUAUAAUUUUCUUUUCUCAAAAGAUAGACACUAUAGAGCCAUGUCGGUACCGGAAAAAGUGUUGGGAAAGUGCGGUAUUAGUAGCCCUCUAGUCAGGGCAGAGUCCAUAGCUGAUGGUACAACAUAUAUGACUGCUGAGUGUCUAUCAUCGACCUCUCUCAACACAGAACCCAAGCUAGUAGAGUCCUUGGACGGAUCAAAAACCCUCGUUCCCGGGGAAAACUACACGGAAACCUACUGCUGCAACGCAGAUAGGCAUUUCUGUAUUCAUAACAGAAAUGAGACACCCCAAGCAAAACUCGAAUUUACACCAAAUAAAAUCGUUUUGGCAUGGAAGAAGCACAUCCUAGAGUUCGAACAGAAGGAAAAAAGGCAGAAACGUAAGAAUCGCAAGCAUCCAAGUCCACGACGUGAGGCUCCUAAAGUGGACAUCAUGGACCCUUCGGAAUUCAUAGUGGGCGGAAGGUAUCGCCUAAUCGAACGCAUCGGGAAUGGCUCUUUCGGAGAGCUUUACCGGGCUAUAGAUAUCUUAGAUGGCGAGGAGGUGGCUGCGAAGGUGGAGCCCGUCAAUGCCGCGCACCCGAUGCUGGAACGCGAGGCGAAGAUAUACAAACUUCUCGCUGAGGGUGAAGGAAUCCCCCGCAUACGAUAUUACGGAACCGAGAGAGAUGUAAAUUUUCUGGUACUGGAUCUGCUGGGACCCACACUGGAGGAUCUGCUGAACUUUUGCACGCGCACCUUCACCCUGAACACCACCCUGAUGCUGGCCGAUCAGAUGCUGGCCCGUCUGGAGUUCGUCCACCAGAAGUGCUUCGUCCAUCGCGACAUCAAGCCAGAAAACUUCCUGAUGGGUCUGGGUGCAAAGUGCAGCCUGGUCUACCUUAUUGACUUUGGCCUGGCCAAGAAGUUCUACAAUCCCAGCACAGGAAUGCACAUCGAGUACAGCCAGAGUCGGGAACUGGUGGGCACACCGCGCUAUGCCUCCGUUCGGGCGCAUUUCGCCGAGCAGGGGCGCCGCGAUGAUUUGGAGUCCAUUGGCUACAUGAUCAUCUACUUUCGGCGCGGCAGACUCCCUUGGCAGGGCAUUGUGGCCGAUUCCAAGGCACAGAAGUUCGAGCAGAUUGCCGAAAUAAAGGCCUCCAUGCCACUGAACACCCUGUGCAGCGACAUGCCUGACGAGUUCUUGAUGUACCUCCGGUACUGCCGCUGCCUUCACUUCGCAGAGAUGCCCGACUACAUGUAUUUGCGGCAGAUGUUCCGGAAUCUUUUUUUCCGUCGGCGGAGGACCAACGACAUUUUCUUCGACUGGGUGGACCUAAAGAGCCUGGGCCCGUAUCAGCGGGACUGUGUGGUUAUAAAAGGGGACCAGCAGGGGAAGCGGCAGACCAUGAGGAAGAAUCUCAAAUGCUGCUCUUGCAGCUACCACAAGCACAGGCGUCGCAUGGAUCACCAGAGGGGACAUCCAACUCGCUCCCUAUAAUAUGAUCUCAUUUUCCGCUUUCGUCUUUUUAUUGUUAAUUAGCUACCACAAAAAGUA